UGAUCAACAUUUCCUUCCUUCGUGAAUAUGAAUGUUACGUUUAUUGCCGACGUCACGCAGGGUCAACUGGUUGUUGGGUUGCGUGAUUAUUUUUUUCUUCUUAGCGAACAACUUUCCCGUUGUUGUGUCGCGGUUAGAAAGCUCCGUGUCGAUCACCGUUUUUAAGCACAAGCUAACGCUAGCUUAGCCGCGGCUCGCAGAAGCACCGUCAUGGCAGCCGAGUGCGAUGUGACGUCUGAAAUCGAGGUGCUGCAGUCGAUCUAUCUGGAGGAGCUGCUGGUCAACCGGAGAGAAGACGGCGACUGGGAGGUGAGCCUGGUCCUCUACCCGUCCACAGCCGAGGACUCUGUGUCCCAGUUCGUGCGGCUCACCCUGACUCUGACCCUGGAUCAGCAGUACCCCUCGACCUCUCCAGCCAUCUCCAUCCACAACCCUCGGGGUCUUUCCGACGAUAAGAUCAGCAGUGUCCAAAAGUGUCUUCAGUUGGAGGCUCAGUCCUGUCUGGGUUCACCGGUGUUGUAUCAGCUCAUUGAGAAAGCAAAAGAAAUCCUGACUGAGAGUAACAUUCCUCAUGGAAACUGUGUCAUCUGCCUCUACGGCUUCAAGGAGGGAGAGACCUUCUCCAAGACGAGCUGCUACCACUACUUCCACUCCCACUGCCUCGGCCGCUACGCCCGCCACUCAGAGCAGGAGCUCCGCCAGAGGAAGAAGGAGCUGGAGGAGGACAAGACCAGAGAGAGAGCGGAGCGCCAGGAGCUCACCGUGGUGUGUCCGGUGUGCAGAGAGCCUCUGACCUACGACGUGGACCAGCUGCUGUGCUCCCCGGCCCCCCAGCCACCAGAGCUGGACCAGGCCGCACUCGGCUCCCACUUCCAGCAGAAGUGGUUUGAGCUCCAGAAGCUUCUGGAGAGACAGAAGUCUAAGGGAGGCAUCAUCGACCCGGAGGAGGAGGCCAAGCGCUUCCUGAUCCACACCAACGAGCCCCCCCCCACUGCUGACAAUGAACACCAGGACCCCUCCCCUGCAACCCAGCGGCCCUCUGCCCCCAAUGCGUGCUCCCAUGAACUCGGAGCCAGUGCGGACCACCCUGUGCCUGGACUGUCUCACGGCAGAGGAAGUCAGGGCCCGAGGCGUCAUCAGCAGGGGUGGGGGCCGCGGAGAGGAGGCCGGUCCAGACCGCAACACCGAAGAGCCGCCCCCCCCAUUGCGGAGCACCUGGACAAACUGUCCCUGACCUCGGACAGACCUCAGGGUCCCCACAUGCGAGUAGAUGCACAGGCGUCUCAGUCCAAGACCGGCAGGAGUCUCUGCGCUGAGCAGCUAGGGGCCCCGGGGUCUCCGGAGGGGCUGCUGGGGGGGAGGGUGUCUCCAGAGGCCGAAGGCCCCCACAAUGCUGCAGACGGACGAGGCCACCGCGGGAGGAGAAGGGGUCCUCACCGACCCGAGCCAAACACCGGGGGGCGCUAUUACUGGGACGGGCGGGCUUCAAAUAGCAGGGGAGGGCCCAGCAACCCGUACAGAAGGGGGGGGCCCCGAUGGGGCCACGACAGGGACUUCCAACACAAGGUGGUGGAGAGAGAGAGGAGAGGAGAAGAGGUGCUAUGACAAAGGGCAAUGGGGGGGCCAAUGAACACAUGUGUGUGUGCCUUCAGGAUCAGUCUGCACAGAUUAAAAAGAACCAGGACCAGGACCAGGACCGCCCUGCGCUGUGGUCUCCUUCGCUCUUCUACGGCCACGUGGUUGCGGUCCCUACUGUACACCUCCACGCAGAAUAACAUCACAUACAGAUGGUUGUGGCUCUCUGCUGUUGUGCGAAAUGACUUGAAAGAACUACAAAUUAAAUUGUCUGUCCGUCA